GUUUGCCUGAAUCUAUUAUUGCAGCGGCAUGUGCCAGAAGUGGCCAGAGAGUUCUUCAUGUUGAUUCGAGAAAUUACUAUGGUGGAAACUGGGCCAGCUUUAGUUUUUCAGGAUUAUUGUCCUGGAUUAAAGAAAAUCAGAUGGUACAACAAAUUAUUUGGGAUUAUAGAGAUUUAUAGCUCAAGAGUAGCUAGCACAGUAAAAAAUGUAAUUAUAAUUGUUCUUUGUAAGCAAAAGACAGGUAUCAGUGAUGAAUGUGAGGACUGGAGAAAACUGAUCCUUGAGAAUGAAGAUGUUAUUUCUCUUAGCAAGAAGGGUAAAACUAUUCAACAUGUAGAAGAUUUCUGUUUUGGCGAUCAGGAUUCAGCUGAAGAUGUUGAAGAAGCUGGUGCAUUGCCAAAGCUGCCUGUCUUUGGAGCCUCUGGUGCGGAGGGGGUUGCUCAGGACUCGGAAAAAGAGAGCCCACCACUGGAGAGUGCCUUACCGGAGGCGGAGAGCUGGGAACCUGAAAAGGCUACAGGCACUGAGCCAGCAAGUGCAAGGGAAGGGAACGAUACAGAAAUAACCUCUGAGCGUGAAAGUUCUCAUAGUACAGCCUUAGGCGAGUCUGCUCUGGAACUGGGAAAAACUGAAGCUGCACCCUCAGAAAUUUCUGCCCAAGAACCAAAGAAAAUUACGUAUUCCCAAAUUGUUAGAGAAGGCAGAAGGUUUAAUAUUGAUUUAGUUUCCAAGUUGCUUUACUCCCGAGGUCUGCUAAUUGACCUUCUGAUUAAGUCGAAUGUUAGCAGAUACGCAGAGUUUAAAAAUGCAACACGAAUUCUUGCCUUUCGAGAAGGAAAAGUAGAACAGGUACCUUGUUCUAGAGCAGAUGUCUUCAACAGCAGACAGCUCACUAUGGUGGAAAAGAGAAUGCUAAUGAAAUUUUUGACAUUUUGUUUGGACUAUGAACAACACCCUGAUGAAUACCAAGACUAUGAGAACAGUACGUUUGCUCAGUUCUUAAGAACACGGAAGUUAACACCCAGCUUGCAGCACUUCGUUCUUUACUCUAUUGCAAUGGUUUCAGAGACUCAUUGCAGCACUCUUGAAGGUCUUCAGGCAACCAAAAAAUUUCUUCAGUGCCUUGGCCGCUAUGGCAAUACACCAUUUUUGUUUCCUCUCUAUGGUCAAGGAGAGAUCCCACAGUGCUUCUGCAGGAUGUGUGCUGUAUUUGGUGGUAUCUAUUGUCUUCGCCAUUCUGUGCGGUGCCUUGUAGUGGACAAAGGAUCUGGACGAUGCAAAGCAAUUGUGGAUCAAUUUGGACAAAGAAUAAGUGCUAACUAUUUUAUUGUGGAAGAUAGUUACCUUUCAGAGAGUGUAUGUGCAAAUGUGUGUUACAGGCAGAUCUCCAGAGCAGUACUCAUUACAGAUCAGUCUGUUCUAAACACAGAUUCAGAGCAGCAGGUUUCCAUUUUGAUGGUGCCUCCAGUGGACGUAGGAAAACCAGCAGUUUGCAUCAUUGAGUUGUGUUCCUCAACCAUGACGUGCAUGAAGGACACUUAUUUAGUCCAUUUAACCUGUCCAUCAACUAAAACUGCUAGGGAAGAUUUAGAGCCUGUUGUACAGAAGUUAUUCAAUCUAAAUACAGAAAAAGAGACUGGAAAUGAAGAACUGGAAAGACCUGGAGUCCUCUGGGCUGUCUACUUCAACAUGAGAGAUUCUUCAGGAAUUGACAAAAAUUCAUAUGAUGGCUUACCUUCAAAUGUUUAUGUCUGUUCUGGACCAGACUCUGCUUUAGGAAAUGACUGUGCUGUCAAACAGGCUGAGACUAUUUUCCAAGAAAUGUUUCCUACAGAGGAAUUUUGCCCACCACCACCAAAUCCGGAAGAUAUUAUUUAUGAUGAAGAUGAGAUUGCACCAGAAGAGUCUGGAUUCAGUAAUUCACCAGAGACAAAACCUGAACCCCCAACCGAAGAAAGUAGUAGUACUGCCGUUAAGAAAGAAGAUAAUGAAGAAUGAAUUAGCUCUGUUGUUUUAUUAGAAGAGGAGGUUGACCCAAACUAAAAUGUAAGGGAGGAAGGGUAAGAAAAA